UAUGCCAAAGUACAGCGACAGUCGUCAGGGCGACUGCAACCGACCGGCUCCACUGGGCUUCUUCGUGGCUCCGAGGCGACUUCGUCGGCCACUGCAUCGGUUAGUUCGUCCAGCACCUGCAGAACGGCAGCGCUGGCUCGAGGUGCCGUGAAACUGCCUGUCGGCGAGGGUUUCGCCAACAUGAACUUUGAUGCGGAGGAUAUCAACACACUCUUGUUGUCCGAUUCACAGUUGGGCCCAGGGGCUCGGAUUGUCGCCAUGGACCAGUGGAGCUCUAGUGGGACAGAAUCGGUGAUAGGAGUUUCACUGCAACCGACACGCCGACGAAGCCAACAGUCCGGAGACCUUGACACGACCGAAGUGACUGGACAGCGACAGGAACACUUUGCAGAACAGGUUAAAGGCCGUUUUCACGUAUUCUUACCUUGCGUCACUUGUCACCCUUAG